AUGUCCGUACUUAGCGUGAAGAUGAGGCGAUUGUUUAAGACAACUGGGUUUACUUUGCGGACUUACGCCGAAUUCUGUCACGCAAUAUGGCUGAGAGGCAUGAAGAGCGCCGCAAAACAAAGUUAUACGAAAACUGUGCUGCUGCCGCAAACCAAUUUCCCGGCGCGACUCGGCGGCAAAAAACGAGUAGAGAUGGAUAGUUAUUUAAUAGAGAAAUGCGGCUUCUUGGAAUUAUACAACUGGCAGAGGAAGAAUCUUGAAGGACCAGACUUUAUCUUGCAUGAUGGACCACCAUAUGCAAAUGGAGAACCACACAUGGGUCAUGCUAUUAACAAGGUUCUUAAGGAUAUUACUUUGAGAAGCAAAAUUAUGUCAGGCAGAAGAGUACAUUACAUCCCAGGUUGGGAUUGUCAUGGUUUACCAAUUGAACAAAAGGUACUUGGUGAUAUAAAAGAUGACAAUCCUUUAGAAAUUCGCCACAAAGCUAGAAGAUAUGCAAGUGACGCUAUCAUAAAACAGCGACAAGCUUUUACAUCGUGGGGCAUUAUGGCUGAUUGGAACGAAUCAGGAUGUUAUUUCACGAACCAUAUCUCAUAUGUGAAGAACCAGAUGCAACAAUUUAUAAAUCUGUAUGACUGUAAACUCGUGUUUAGGGCCUUUAAACCAGUAUACUGGUCACCAUCUUCCAGAACAGCAUUAGCAGAAUCAGAACUAGAAUACAACGAAUCUCAUAAGAGCAAAAGUGUUAUUAUUCGCAUGCAACUUGACACGCACGCAUUAGCCCCAAGAUUAAAAGACUUGGAAAAUAAACCACUUUAUGCCCUUAUUUGGACUACUACACCAUGGUCAUUGCUAGCUAAUCAAGCUAUAGCUUUCUCUAAUAACAUUGUAUACUGCAUUAUGGAAGACAAUUCGAAAAAUCUAUAUAUUCUUGCACAAGAGUGCUUAGCUAAUAUUGAGCAAAAGCUUGGUCCAUUAAAAUUUAUUAUGACUGUUAUGGGACAGGAAUUAGGGGAAGCCAAGUAUCUUCAUCCUAUUACCAAACAACGUUUGCCAUUUUUAUCUGGACAUCAUGUUACAACUGAUGUCGGUACUGGAUUGGUUCACACAGCUCCCGCGCACGGUCCCGAAGACUUUCUCAUCGCAAUUGAGAAUGAUAUAUCAGUUUUAUCUUUGAUAGACGUCGACGGAUGUUUCACCAAAGAAGCGGGUGACGAGUUCUCUGGCUUAAAUGUUCUAAAUGAUGGCACUAAUAAGGUCUUGCAACGUAUCGGUGAAGACGUGUUGUAUACUGACACAAUUACGCAUAGCUACCCAUAUGAUUGGCGAACCAAGAAGCCUGUAAUCAUUCGCGCGAGUCACCAAUGGUUCAUAGACAUAAAGUCUAUUAAGGAGAAGGCAAUUGACAGCAUCGCGAAUAUAAGAAUAUACCCGAAGCAAAAUCGGACGUCGUAUUUGAACGCAUUGGUCGCUCAAGUUAAGCAACGACCGUAUUGGUGUAUUUCUCGACAACGGUCCUGGGGAACGCCAAUACCAGUGUUGCACAAUAAACAAACUGGUGAUACAUAUACAAGCAGAAAAUGGGUUGAAAGAUUGUGCAGACUGAUGGAACGACAUGGAACCGAUUAUUGGUGGGAGCUGUCGACCGAGAAAUUAAUUGGUCGUGAACUUCGGCAGGAAUUAAACAACAAUAUAAAUGAUUUCGAAAGAGGAAUCGAUAUCAUGGAUAUCUGGUUGGAUAGCGGGCUCUCAUGGUCGGCUGUUUUACCAGAACAUAAAGCAGAUUUAUAUUUAGAGGGAAUGGAUCAGUUUCGCGGUUGGUUUCAAUCAUCGUUACUAACAUCCAUUGCUCUUCAAGAACGUUCUCCUUACAGUGCGUUAUUCGUGCAUGGAUUUGCUGUAGAUGAUAAAACCUCGAAAAUGUCGAAAUCAGUUGGAAACGUUAUAAAUCCCGAGACAAUUACCAAAGGAGGAAAAAACUUGAGUAAAGAUCCGGCAUAUGGUGUCGACACUCUAAGAUGGUGGGUAGCUAGUCAUGGAUGUCAACACAGCCAGGUUCCAGUCACAACAGCGUUGUUACGUGAAAGUCACGAAUCCAUACAAAAAUUGCGCUUAGUCUUACGAUUCCUCUUAGGUGUUUUACACUCAUAUAGCGAGGGAAUCGCAGUCGAACCGGAAUAUCUCUACCUUGACAAAUACAUGUUACAUUCUCUGCAUCAGUAUAACAAAAAGAUUCAAAACUUAUACGACGAUUAUUUGUAUCACCACGUGUGUAAGUUGGUAACGUAUUUCCUGGCAAACACCGUGUCGCCGGUAUACUGCCAUUUGAUUAAAGAUAGACUUUACUGCGAUGAAGCAGCGUCCCCAACGCGUCUGGCUGCAGUAGAAGUAACGCGUGAAACCCUGACUGUACUUGCGAGAUCUAUCGCGCCGAUCGUUCCGCAUUUAGCAGAAGAAGUGUGGUUAUAUCACCCUGAAAAUUUGGCGUCAGUGCCACUGUAUCAUACUGAAUAUAAAGUACCGGAAACUUGGCAUCAACCGGAAAUUGCUAGACAUGUAGAAACAGCUCUAAGCUUGAGAAGCAAGGUGAAUAUAUCGGCUGAUUGUAACACAUGGGAAUUGUCGGGCAUCUUAAAGGCUUCGAAAAAUGACUAUAAAUCACUUUCGAUGCUUCAAAAAGAUCAGGAAUCCUCUACGUCGGAACUAUGCGACAUUUUGCAACUCUCAUCAAUUAUAUUGGUAGAAUCACCCACGGUAACCGAGACACAAAUUGAGUUACAUAAUACUGAAAAAAUGCUCUGCCAAAGGUGCAGGCGAUAUCCUGAAUUAGAUAAAAACGGUCUUUGCGGUCGUUGCAUUAAGGUACUCGAUGUGACCAAUGUAUCAUCGAUAUCCGUGUAAGCGAUAGUGGUUGGCU